ACCCUUGCGGGUUAACCUUGAACCCUCUUUUUUCCUUCUCUCUAUGUUCUCUUCUUGUUCUUCACAAUUUUCUCUUUAUUCUCUGCACAUAAUCCUCUAAAACUGCAAUGGCAGAUCACAAAAACCCACCAGUAGGUAUAUGGCAAAACGUUAAACCAUUCAUUAAUGGUGGAGCUUCCGGCAUGUUAGCUACUUGUGUUAUUCAACCCAUCGAUAUGAUCAAGGUUCGAAUUCAGCUUGGACAAGGAUCAGGGAUACAUGUGGCAAGAAGCAUGUUGCGGGAAGAGGGGCUUGGAGCUUUUUACAAGGGUUUAUCAGCAGGACUACUUCGCCAGGCUACAUACACGACUGCACGACUUGGCUCUUUUAAGAUUUUAACAAACAAAGCAAUCGAAGCAAAUGAUGGGAAGCCACUUCCUCUCUAUCAAAAAGCUCUUUGUGGUUUGACUGCUGGAGCUAUUGGUGCCUCUGUUGGUAGUCCUGCGGAUUUGGCACUUAUCCGUAUGCAAGCUGAUUAUACAUUACCACAAACACAACGUCGGAACUAUAAAAAUGCAUUCCAUGCACUUACUCGUAUCGUUACUGAUGAAGGAGUUCUUGCACUAUGGAAAGGAGCUGGUCCUACUGUUGUCAGAGCAAUGGCUUUGAACAUGGGCAUGCUUGCUUCAUAUGAUCAAAGUGUAGAACUAUUCAGGGACACGAUUGGUUUAUCUGAAGCUAGCACUGUAGUUGGAGCAAGUGCUGUUUCUGGAUUCUUUGCAGCUGCUUGUAGUCUUCCUUUCGAUUAUGUGAAGACCCAGAUACAAAAAAUGCAACCAGAUGCACAUGGAAACUAUCCCUAUAGUGGUUCUCUUGAUUGUGUCGUAAAGACUUUAAAAGCUGGGGGUCCUUUCAAACUCUACACUGGAUUUCCUGUUUAUUGCAUUCGAAUAGCUCCUCAUGUCAUGAUGACAUGGAUCUUUUUGAACCAAAUCCAGAAAGUGCAGGAGAAAAUUGGGUUGUGAUGAAGGGAGAUUUAUGGAAGAAUGUUUUGUUAUUAUUAUCUGUAUUAAUUUAAUUAUUUUUUGUUGAAAAAUAAUUACUUUUCGGAUUAUUCAUCAGUGUAAUUUUGUUAGAAGAGUCUAGUAGUAUUUUUUUUUUUUUUUAAGUUUGGAUUGUUAGAAAAACAAUAUCUAACAAGUUUUAUGCUCAGCUCGACAAUGUUUACAAUCUUUAGAUAAAACAUUAGAACUAGUUCAUGCUUACACUUACUGCAUGCUACU